AAAAAGUGUUUUUCAGCAGUAGUUGAAGUAGUGUAAAGUUCUGAGUGAGUUUCAUUCAGAUUUCUGCUUUAGUGGAGGCAAUCUACAUUUGUGGAGUAUUUCAACUUGGAAUAACAUAUUGUUCCCUCAGCACACAUGUAACCUGCUAUUGUCAUUUGAGUGAACCUGCAUCAAUUAGAUUUUUCGUGACGCUGUGCGUCUGACGUCAUGACGUCUCCGCCUUCUCCAGAAAUUUCUACCUGCACUUGAACCGCCAUUUUCUCGGCUCAGACAACUUGGAAGAAGAUAGCUAGCUAGAUACUGAAUUACCACUGUCUUCAUCGUUUUUGAAGUCAGGAUACAACUCAUUUGGACUACCAAAGUGUUGUGCUUCAUGUGGAGAUGCAAGGACUGUGGGACGGCAUUAACAAAAAGAUCUGAACUGCUCAAGCACUACAAACUGAUUCAUAGGCAUUACGGACGGGGCCACUCAUAUCCAUGCACUUAUUUAAAUUGUGCAUGUAGGUUCAAGACUUGGAAUGCUCUACUGAGUCAUCUAUCAAGAAAUCACCCUGCCCAACAAGCAGUCACCAAAGCUGUGUCCACAUUCACAUGCUCUAUUUGUGGCCAUAAUCAACUCUCCACAGAAAGGGAAUAUUUUCAACAUAUCUAUCAGCAUCUUAAAAAUAAGGAGACUGUAACAUGUGUGUUCCAAAACUGUGAAUAUAAAACCAAUGUCUAUGAGAACUUCAAAAGUCAUAAAUACAGAAAACACUCUGGUACAGUGAACACCUUUAAGCCUGGGAUAAGUUCUGUUGAAGAAUCUUGUGCCAGUGUUGCCAGUGAUAUUUCCGAUGGGGAAAUUAUAGAGAGUAAUGUAAAUUUAAAUUCUGCUUUUGACAAUGGGGAUUAUGAUAACUUGGAGAAGGAUAUUGAACUUAAAAUUGCUUCAGUGGUCCUUAAGUUGGAACACAUCUUCCUUGUGUCUCAUGCAGCUGUAGAUGAGCUUUUGCAGGAGUUAAACUAUUUGAUUGGUUCUCUUUCUCUGCCGAUUACCCAAAAGACUAUUAGACAAGUAUUACAAGACAAUGGAUGCCAAUUUGACCAGUCAGUUGUUGAAAAACUAGCCAGUGUACUCUGUGAGACAAACCCUGUAAAAAAAGCAAUUGGAGAUAAAGGUCCACUUUCCAGCGCUUGGAGGCGAAAAGCUUACUAUAAGAGCCACUUUAAUGUAGUGGAACCAGUGGAAUAUAUACUUGACCAAAAGAAUCAUAAAUCAUUCCAAUAUAUUUCAAUUUUAAAGUCUUUGCAGCAUAUUCUUGACUGCCAGACAAUCUUGGAUCAGGCUGUUAAUUUGAAUACUGUAGAUAAUCAGCCUCAGAAAACUUGCGUGGACUUAUACAAAACUAUCUUUGAUGGUGCAUUCUUCAAUGAAAAUGGACUGUUGUCUAAGCAGGAAAGCAUUUCAUUGAUAUUAUACAUUGAUGAAUUUGAAAUAUGUAAUCCCCUUGGUACAUCCAGGAGGAAGCAUAAAAUUUGUGGUUUGUACUGGAUUCUGGGUAAUUUGCCACCAGGCUGUAAUUCUGCUUUAUCCUCCAUCUAUUUGGCUGCUUUAAUCAAAAGUAAUGAUCUGAAGUGCUAUGGGUAUCAGAAAGUGUUAAAACCUGUAAUUAAUGAUCUUGUAAUUUUGGAACAGAGUGGGAUAUUUCUGACAAAGUUGGGCAGAACAGUAAAAGGCACAGUGCAGUGUGUGGUCGCUGACAACCUUGGUGCACACAGUAUUGCUGGAUUUGUUGAAAAUUUCUCAGGGACAUACGUAUGUAGAUUUUGCACAGCAACAAGAUCAGAGUUCCAGACUGAAGAAGUCAGAAGUGAAGUCUUUACUUUAAGAACAAAAGACAUUCAUGCAGAUCAUUUACGAAUCCUUGAGGAAAACAAAUUGCCCAGUUAUUAUGGUGUGAAAUCAAAGUGUAUUUUGUCAGAGCACCUCUCAUAUUUUGAUGUUACCACUGGGUUUCCACCAGACAUUGUACAUGAUCUUUUUGAAGGAAUUGUUCCUUUUGAACUUGCACUUUGCCUCAGUUUGUUAAUCAAAAAAAAGUAUUUCACAUUAUGUACAUUGAAUGAAGCCAUAUCAUCUUUCAACUUUAAGUGGGCUGACAAAACAAAUCGACCUCAUCCUGUGGCUCUCAGUUUUGCAUGCAAAAAAACUGUUGGGGGAAAUGCACAUGAGAACUGGAGUCUAAUCAGAUUUUUGCCUUUGUUCAUUGGGCAGAGUGUUCCAUUUGAGGAGCCUGCUUGGCAGAUCUUAACAGACCUGAAGGACAUUGUUGAUCUCGUUGUCUGUCCUGUUCAUACCGAGGACUCCAUUGCAUAUCUUGGUUUUAAAAUCUCUGAGCACAGAAUUCGGUUUCAAGAGGUUUUCCCAGACUGUGAUCUUAAACCAAAGCACCACUUCUUGGAACAUUAUCCAUACUUGAUCCGUAAGUUUGGGCCACUAGUUGCCCUAUGGACUAUGCGUUUUGAAGCAAAGCAUAGCUUUUUUAAAAGAGUUGCGAGGAAUAUCAGAUGUUUCAAAAAUGUGCUUCUUUCCCUUUCACAAAGACAUCAGUAUCAGAUUGCGCAUCAUUUGCAUGCAAGUAGCUUUACCAAACCCCCACUGGAAGUAACACAUGUUUCCACUGUUCACAUUGAUGUUCUUAACAAGGACAUCUCAAAUGCACUGAGACAGAAGUCUCCAGAUAUGGACAAUGUGUGCUUGGCUAAAAGUGUAGCAUAUAAUGGACUACACUACAAGUGUGGGAUGAUCUUGAUCCAUGGCUCACUGGGAGGACUGCCAGAGUUUGGCGAAAUCAUCCAAAUGGUGAUACUGCAGGACAAACUAAUCUUCAUUGUGAAAAAGCUUAGUGGAUGGUAUAUGGAUCACUACAGAGCUUUUGAUCUCAAAACAUCACCAAGCAAGGAAGUGGAACUUGUUGAGCCACAACAACUACAUGAUACCUACCCACUGGCAGACUACAAAAUUAGAGGGCUGCGUCUUGUCACUUUGAAAAGAUAUGUCCAUGUUUAAAGGGUGAGGCCUCUGAAUGUGAUAAGUUAUUUUAAGUGGGAAAACAAAAGCCAGACUCAUACAAUACUAUUGUGUUCUCAAAACAUUUAUUUUAUACUAUAAGCCAAAUUGGUGUGAUGUCAUUGGCAACUAAUCAGUUAAUACCAAAUAGUUGCAGCUCUGGGGUAGGCAUUAUGUUAUGUAGGCAUAUAUAAUUUAUUUGUUUAUUUUUUUGUUAAUGUAAGUUUCUGGAUUCCAGUCAGUGAAUGCUUAUCCUCUGCUCUCCUUCUCUUUGCCUUCUCUCUCUGCUCCUCCUCAUUGUCUCCUCUCUUCUCCUCCACCUCUCUUCUUCUCCUCCCCUCUCUCUCGUCU